AUGAAACCCGCCAUUGAAGCUUGGAAUCCAUGCCUCGAAACACUCGAAGGGCACAAAGCUGCGAUUGAGUCAUUGCAAUGGGCACCAAAUGGAGUAUCGCUUAAGUCAGUUGGGUCAGAUGGUGUUAUAAAGAUCUGGGACCUGGCAGGCAGUCGCUGCGUGUCGUCUCUUGAUGGGGGUGGUGGAUGGAACACAUGCACAGCUUGGUCAGACGAUAGUGCAUACAUAGCUACGACUUCGCGUAGCCUCAAGAUACAGAUCUGGGACCCAAACACCGGUCAAUGCUUAAUAAGUCUACUUGGACAUGAUUCUGCCGUCAAAGCUGUCUUUUGGUCACAAGACACAAUGCGACUUGUCUCGGUCUCUGGAGAAUGUGGAAAAUCACCAUUGACUAUCAAAGUCUGGGAUCGGCAAAAAGGAAAAUGCCUGAUGACCAUCAAAGAGGGUGGCGACGACAUGGAUCAUUGCAUCAUUCUCCCCUCUCAUGACGGGAAAAGCCUCGUGUCCGUUUCAAGUCAUGGUAUAUCCAAGACUUGGGAGAUCUUCACUGACCAUAUAUUGAGCUCUCGGAAUAUUUACAGUCCGAGGAGCUCUAUGAGCCUCUUUUCUCGGGAUGGCAUGAGUAUAAUUUAUUCAGAUUGGAUGUCUAGCAGAAUAAAUAUUCUGGGAAGAUCCGGCGAGGAGUGCAUCACAGCUCUCGAUACCAACAAAAGCUUUCUCAUUGUAUGCCUUGCACUUUCAUACGACGGCAUACGGCUUGCCUCGGGGUCAGCCGAUGGCCUUAUCGAGAUCUGGGAUUUGACCACGAAUAAGUCUAUAACAACGCUUGAGGGGCAUUCCGGUUUCAUUAAAACUAUGGUAUGGCUCAAGGAUGGAAGAAUUGCGUCCGGGUCGAACGACAGAACUAUCAAGAUAUGGAAUCCAUCUACUCGUCAAUGUCUUUCGACCUUGAAAGGCCAUGGAGGCACAGUGCGCUCACUGCUAUUAUCAGCCGACGAGAAACGAAUCCUAUCUGCGAGUCAAUACGAGUCGAACGUCAAAAUCUGGGACCUCAACUCGUCGGUUGGUUUUGAAGAACAUAGUCAGUACGUGGAAGGCAUCGUUUGGUCAGAUGAUGGAAGAUACCUUGCUUCGCAUGCAAACAUGGAGACCAAAAUUUGGGAUCCGUUGACCGGAGAGUGUUUGUCAACUAUUGAAUGCCGCAGUGGCACUUUCGCAAAGAUUUGUUGGUCACCGAGUGGAAAACUCGCAUCAAUAUCUUCUGAUGGUACCCUCGAAGUCUGGGAAGUGUUGACUGGGCAUUGUUACACAAGAAUAGAAUCCGUUGAGCCGACGGCUUGGCCGGUUUGGUCAAAAGACGGAGAACGACUGAUGUCAGCCUCAUACGACAACUUCAUCAACACAUGGAAUGCAAACACCGGUCAGCACUUGUCUACUGUGAAAGCAGAGAGAAUUGGACAUGGAGUGACAUGGUCGCAUGAUGCAACAAUGUUUGCCUCUGUGGCAGAGAAUUGGAGCAUCAUGAUUCAAGAUCAAUAUACUGGUAACUGUAUUUUACAUCUUAAGGGACAUUCGGGUCCGGAAGUUGACAAAAUUCCUUUGAUGGUAAGACGGCUUCCUAUCAUGACUUGGUCACGCGAUGGAACGAAACUUGCCUCUGCAAUGGGGCCAACCAUCAAGAUCUGGGAUGUUACAACUGGGCAGUGCAUCUUGGCUCUUGAACUUGAUGAUGAUCCUCGAACGUUCCAUUUCAAUUUCCCUCGAGGCCCUUUGUUCGGUGAAACAGACCCCGGCUAUCUUCACACGACAAUGGGCUCCUUCAGUAUUGAGCCGUAUGUGGAUUCCACAACAGACACAUCGACACAACUUGUUUGUUCUCCACAACCGGUUGGAUUCGGUAUCAAUUGGUCUUGGUCUUCAAUUACUCGCAACGGAGUUGAUAUAUUGGAAUUACCACGUGACUAUCGAGCCGAUGGCACCAAAUCAAUUGCAAUAUCAGGCAGUACCGUGGUGCUUGGUUGUGUGACAGGGCGAGUUUUCAUACUGAGAUUCUCAAAGGACGUUCCUCUCGAGCAUUAG